AUGGCGCCUUCGCCGACGACGCCCGAUAGCGCGCCGCCUCUCUCGCCGCAUUCCAUGUCGGGGGAUCAGCGUGAAGCGUACGAAUACUGGGGAUAUCUCUUCAACCCCGACAAAACGGGGACCCCGCGUCUCAAAGCCCUCCUCCGCGGCCUCAAGGACAUUAUGAACGAGAGCUACGAGAACAGCAACAACAACACCCACGAAACCUCCCGACCCGCCGCGCCCUUUGAGCAACCCGACCUGACCCCGACCCAACUCGCCCACUUCUAUCGCGAUUUACAUGGCAACUACGACCAAUUAUUCCUCGCCACGCCGAAUGAAUCCCUCGCCUUCAUUUACAAAUCUCUGGGAUGUUUGCACAGUCUCCAACCCCUGCGACACGCCACCCACACGGGUGAAAUGGCCAACGGCAGUCGCGAGAGAUCCUUCACCGAUCCCGUCGUUCCCGCCUUGAAGACCGAAGGCUGGAUCAUGUGGCAGACCAUUCAGAUUCUGUUGGGGCCCGAGGAACACGCCCAGUUUUUGAGAGAGGCCGUGGAGAAGUGGGAUGUCAGGGAUCCCGACUCCGGUCAUGUCUUUCCGAAAAUCCUGCCGCGAGAGUGUUUUCCCAGAGAACCGGAUCGGCAUAUGGUGGCGUGGUAUGAGGGCGUCAGUGAGCGCUUGCGCAAGGAGGCCGAGGCGGAAGAGGCGGCGAGAUUUGAGCGGGACGACGUCGACGAUGAAGAUGACGAUGAGGGGAGACCAAGGAGAUUGAGGGGCAGAAGGGAGGAGGCACACGUCGACGAGGAUGGCGAUGAUCUGGAGAGUGUGGAUAGUCGAGCUCCCGCCCUGGCCUACUUUCGGAAUCCCUUGUAUCGACAUGUCGAUGGUAGACCUUCGAUUGUGAGGCAUCGGAGCGGGAGUAAACGCCCGGCGCUCAGUCCCCGACAAUCGAUGAUGGAUAAAGGCAAGGAAGCGGUCGGCAGUUUGGGCCGCAUUGCGAGAAAUGUCGGCUCUCCCUAUCUGUGGGAUGGACGGGGAGGGAGUCGGAGUGGGAGUGCACAUGCUCAACAUGUCGGGGGAAGGAGGAGGAGGCCGAGUCAUGCGCAUGCAAGUCACGACGAUGGAGGAGCUCCGCCCACGAGUUCGGGUAGUGAGAGGAGGGAAUCGCAUUCUCGUGCCCAUCAACAUCAGAGGAAGAGGACGACGAGCUCCCACGCGUCUCCUCCCCAACAACAGCAACACCAACCCGUGAGACCGGGGAAUGGAAGUAGUGCCGUCUCCUCGGACGCCACUGCCGACGAUGAAUGGUGGGAGAAGAGUGAAGUCGGGAGUACUCCUCCCCCAUCGAAACAUCACAUCAAUUCUUCUUCCGCUACUGCUGCUGCUGCGGCUGGUGGAGCAGGUCUUGCCGGUGCCGCCGCUGCUGCUACCCCUUCGAGACAUUCUCGCUCCCAAUCUCAACACCACACACCUACUCCUGCAUCUCGAGACGAAGGUGGUAGAGAAGGACAUCAUCGGAGACAUCGUAGUGCGGAACCCACUCCUUCUGCACAAGCACAAACCUCUCAGGGCAGAGAAGGGGAGCCAGCGGAUUAUUUCGCCGGCGUCGCGGAGGCGAAGAGGAAGAAUGGGCAACAGCAGAAACAGCAGAAACAACAACCGCAACAACAACCACAACCGCAACAACAGCAGCAAGCGGGAGGCGAAAUCAGUAGGAGGAGUUCGGGGGAGAGUUCUACUUCUAACGGAGGAGGAGGAGGAGGAGGAGGAGGAGGGGUGACGGGAGGAGGAAAAGGUCCAACUCCACCACCCGUUCCCGCUUCAAAUGGUGUGCCGGGAGUGAGUUUUGGGCCGAGUGCCGGGCCGCUUUUCGCCAGUACCGUUGCUCGGAGUGGAAGUUUGUCCGCUGCUGGGAGGGGAGGAGGUAGGGCUGGUGGGAGAGGGGAAGAUAGGAGGGCAAGUCUAAUGGGGGAAGAAAGGAGAGGGAGUGUGAUGAGCGGCAGGGGUGGAUAUCCUCCUCCGCAACCCGGGCAGGAUCCUCAUCGACAUGUCUCCCAGCAUCGUCCCAAUCAUGCUUCUCGGAGAGAUGAAGGAAGGAGGGGAUAUGGAUAUGGAUACGAUGAUCCCCGACAUUUCCAUCACGCUGACGAUGUGGAUCCCAGACGCUAUGAUUCUCCUCCCCGCAGGAGUCUUGGAGGUCCGAGAUUCGAUGAUGGUGGGAGACGAGCGAGUAGGGAUCUUCCACCCCCGGGGAGACGUCAUGCCCUUGCGGAACCAGAAUACGAUGAUGAUGAUGAUUAUGAUAGUUAUGAUGAUGAUGGUUAUGAAGAGGAUCGUCAUCCUGCGAGAAGGUCGGGAGAGGAUUUCGGCGGGAGGAAAGGGGGUUCGAGAGAGGAUGUUGUUGGUGCGAGCAGGAGGAGGAGUGGAGGGAGGAAAAUGGCGAGAUUUCAGGGGGAUGAUGGGGAGGGAGGGGGAGAGGUGGUUGAGAGGGGGGCUAGGGGGGUUAGUGGGAGAAGGUAUGCUUGA